AUGGAUCAAAAUUACCUAGACAAAAUGGGAUGCGAAAUACCGCCAAUGGAAUCGCUCAUUACACUAAUGGAGAUUGAACAAUCUAUGCCAUUUCAAGAUAGCGCGUUAUGGGAGUUGAUAAAGAAUUAUUACAUACACUUUGGGAACGAAAUUUGGCCAAGAAAUGUUGUGCCAUGUUACAUAACGAGCAACUCGAAGUAA